GCGGCCAGGGCGGGGCCGAGCGUCCCUGGAUGAGAGAAAAGGGGCUGGACGCGGAAAACAGGGGAUCAUGUGACUGGGAAGAUGGCUGUCUUUCCCUGGCACUCCCGGAACAGGAACUACAAGGCGGAGCUGGCGUCUUGCAGGUCGGGGACAGUGCCUCUGGAGUGUGGGGACUACCACCCACUGAAGCCCAUAACUGUCACUGAGUCAAAGACAAAGAAAGUGAGCCGGAAAGGAAGCACUUCAUCCACUUCCUCCUCCUCUUCCAGCUCCGUGGUCGAUCCUUUGAGCAGCGUCCUCGAUGGCACCGACCCGCUAUCCAUGUUCGCAGCCACCUCGGACCCAGCAGCCACAGUAACAGUCACAGACAGCUCCAGAAAGAAACGUGAUAAGGAUGAGAACUCCUUUGUGGGACCUGAUUUUGAGCCCUGGGCCAACAAACGGGGAGAAAUCCUUGCCCGGUACACGACUACGGAGAAGCUGUCUAUUAAUCUGUUUAUGGGAUCAGAAAAAGGCAGAGCUGGGGCUGCGGCUUCUGCCAUGUCGGAGAAGGUUCGGACGCGUCUGGAAGAGCUGGAUGACUUUGAGGAGGGAUCCCAGAAGGAGCUGCUGAACCUGACCCAGCAGGAUUAUGUGAACCGCAUAGAGGAGCUCAACCAGUCUCUGAAGGAUGCCUGGGCCUCGGACCAGAAAGUGAAGGCUCUGAAGAUUGUCAUCCAG